AUGAAAAAGAAUAGUAAUGCAAGCGAAAGCAUUAUAUAUAAAGAAGAAGGAAAUAAAGCAUUUAAAAAUAAAAAUUACGAAGAGGCUAUAUUAAUGUAUACGAAUGCAAUAGUAAAUUUAUUUUUGAAUUAAUUAAAAAAUAAAUAAAAAAAGGAUUUGGAUUAAACAUAAAGCAUUUUUUAUUCAAAUAGAUCUAGGGUGUAUAAACAUUUAAAUAAAAUUGAUGAAGCUAUACAAGAUGCCUAAAAAUCAUAUGAAUUAGAUGAAAAAAUAUAAAAGCACAUUUAUUAAUGGGCUAACUAAUUGCACUUAAAUGUAAACUAAAUCCAGAAAUUAUUGAUUAAUUAGAGAUUUCUAUUAGUAGAAUGACUAAAGGUUUUUAUUU